CUACUUCUCAGCGCAAUUUGUUUGGGACCAAUGGAGGACAAGGACAUAAUCCGUCAUUUACAAUGCUGUCACGUCUUUCACUCGAGUUGCUUUAGUCAAUGGUUCUUUAGGCGCCACGAUACAUGUCCUAUAUGUAAAUCACGGAUCAUGCCGCCCAGUUAA